AUGGAACCGAGAGAGCGUCGACGAUUGCGUACUCGGACUCCCUGUCCGGUGACUACCGGAGGACCCAACGUGGACUACGAUGCUGCUCGGAUACGAGCCUGUGUGAACGUGCCUGAGUGCGCACGACAAACUUGGAUCAUUUCGAAGACCACGGAAUUGUUAGGAAGAAGAAGGGCUUUGAGGCUUGAUCCGAAUGCAUCGCAAUUGAGCGAAAGAAGGAUCCCAGACCAGUGGAAGACCUCGCGAACCGUUCUUAUCCAUAAGAAAGGUGACCGAGAGGACCUUCGGAACUACCGUCCGAUAUGCUUGCUGAGCGUGUUAUACAAGUAUUCACCAGAUAUCCUCACACGCAUAUCUGGGACGCUGGAUGAAGCCCAGCCUCAAGAACAAGCUGGAUUCCAGGGGUUCAGCUGCUUAGACCACAUCCAGACCGUGUCGAGGGUUAUAGAGGUUUGCCGAAAAUACCGCCUGCCCCUAGUUCUAACCUUCGUCGACCAUGAGAAAGCCUUUGACAGCGUAGAAACGAACGCAAUACUGUCAGCGCUGGUCGAUCAAGGUGUGGACGCGUCGUAUGUGAGGACAUUAGCCAAGUGCUACGAACGAUGCACGACUAGGAUACAGCUUUUCCACCGCCCUCUCACCAUACCCAUAGGAAAGGGCGGAAACGAUGCUCAACGAAUUGAACGAAGCAGGGAAGAGAAUAGGACUACGAAUAAACAGAAAGAAGACACAGUUCAUGAAGAAGCGCACUGCGAGGACGGAGGAGUACAACUUGAAGGCUCCCAAAUCGUGGAAACUCCGUCAUACGUAUACCUCGGACGUUCUAUGAACAUGGAAAACGACUUGAAGGAAGAACUGAAUAGAAGAAUGAGAGCAGCAUGGGCAGCAUUCGCAGCCGUCAGGGAAGCUACGGACCAACUGACGGACCAUGAUCUUCGUGCCCAUCUGUUCGACUCGACAGUCCUUCCAGCGCUCUGUUACGCAGCGGAGACGUGGGCAGACACCGCGGCCACGUCUAGAGCUACUUACUACCCACAGAGCCCUUGA